AUGUCUGAAGUGAUAUUUCAGCCAACGGAUAUCGUCCUUGCAAAAGUUAAGGGCUUUUCAGCAUGGCCCGCUAUGAUCAUCCCUAAUGAACUCAUACCGGAUAACAUUCUAAAGAAUAAACCAGUGGGUGUACACAAGGGCAAGUCUGCCAAUGGCAAAGAAGCAGAAAUUGAAGAGCAAGAACAGGGCGACGGCGACGGCGAAGAGGAGCAGGAAGAGGUUUUCGAUGAUAGUGAGGCUAAUCCUGAAAAGUUUAUAAUAUAUACACCAGUCCUGAAGUUUCGUAAAAAUGAUACGUUAAAACCAGUAUAUUGUGUCAAAUUUUUCUGCGAUGAUUCAUACAUUUGGGUGAAGCCCAUGGAUUUGAAAAUUUUGACAAGUGAGGAAUGUCGUCAAUGGCUAAACAGUAAACAGCGAAAGAAUAAGAAAUUAAUACCGGCCUAUGAGAUGGCUAUGAAGGGUAAGGAUGACAUUGAUAUUUGGGAAUUCGUGGAAUACGGGUCUUAUGGUAAGCCAGAUGAAGAGGAAUACGUAGAGGAAGAAGAAGAAGAAGAGGAAGAGCGCAAAAAAACUGCAAAGAAACCCACUAGGUCUUCUAGUAGGCAACGUCAAAAGCGUGUUCUUAAUACAAAUGACGCUGAAGAUGGCCAGACAAGCAAGAGAAAAAGAGUCACUAGAUCAACUAGACAGCAAAAGGUGGAGGAUAUAGAAGAGGAGGAGGAGGAGGAAGAAGAUGAUGAAGAAGAAGAAGAAGAAGAAGAGGUUGUCAGAAAGAGGCCCCAGAGAGGCAAACCCAAGAAAGCUGUAGCGGCAAAAGCUAAGCCAAAACCAAAGCCAAAACCAAAGAAAGAGAAACCUAAACCACCUAAGGUGAUCAAGUACCAUUUUGAAGAUGACGAAGAUUGGAGCAUAGUUGGACUGGGUCCACAAGAUUUGUCCAUUGAAAAAACAAUGGAUCCGAUUGCAAAAAAAUUAUCACAAAAGAAAAACUUAGACAAGCAUACAGAAAUUAAGCUGGAUUUGGAAGACAAACUAGCAGGAAUCAACAAGCUGUUAUGCGAUGUCUUAUGUUCAGGCAUUAACCAAGUCGUUUCCAUCAAAGACGACUUCGAAAUAAUAUUAGAUGAAUUGCAAAUUGCCCUCAAUACAAGAGGGUCCAAAAAUGAAUUCAUAACAAUCUUCCAAUCAGACAAUUCCUUACUAUUGAACUUUAGAAUCUUAUUUAACUUGAAAAAAGAGGAACUGGGUAAAUGGAAUUUAUGGGAUCGUUUCCAAGAAAUUUUCGAGCAUAUUUAUUCUUAUGAAUUUACGCCUGAUACGACUGAUUGGCAACUGGAACAAGAUACGGAAAUCGAAGAAGAGCAACAGAUCAACGCAAAUGCAAACGAACCUGUGAAGGAAGAAGGAGCUGAAGUAGGUGCAUAA